CUCGACAACAUGGCUGAUUUGAAAUCAGUUCUUGCAGCGUUUAUCCUUUGUGUUUCUGCUUCCAUUUAUGUCCUGGCCCAGACGAGUACUGCCAAGGAUCAGAAAACUGCUGACUCAGUGUGUCCAGCCUUAAAAUGUCCGUACGAGUGCAGAAUAGCCAGUACACAGUCAAAAUGCAGGGCAGCUUUUGGUGCCAGUGGAGAUGUUCUACAAGACUUUAUAACUAACAUCGGAUACAAGUUCAGAUAUAGAAAUGUUGCUGAAUUGGCCAGAAAUAAGAUGAUCCAUGUUCUAAAUGCCAGACUCCUUGAUGAGAGAAAACUAACAUGUCCAGUGCUGAAGACAUUUCUCAUUAAAAUGGUUACAACAAAACUGGGUGAUGUCCUGGAUAAGAUUUUGUCUGGAAACUCAUCCACCCCACCAUCAUCAAAUUCUAGUGAUCAGGUUUACAGUGUUGAGUUUUCUACUGUACCCCCGACUUCUGGACAGGGGCAGAGCAAUUCAUCAGCUGACAGUACCCAGUCUUAUGGAACCACACCUAAAGGGGUUAACUAUCAAAAUGACACCCAAGGUGAAAGCUUAAACAAUGGUACUUCUAGAAAUAAAAGACAGACAUCUCAGAAUGCAACAGAAACAGAAGAGUCUGCAGGAAUGCAAAACGCUACCAUGCAAGAAGCAGAUGUUAGGAACAAAACUGAAAUAGAAGGGAGCACCACUCAAAAUGGAACCAACACAGAAACAGAAGAGAGCAGCAUUCAAAAUGGAACCAAAACUGACACAGAAAGGGGCACUGUUCAAGAUGGAUCCAUUAGUCAAGUUGAAGUACAGACAGUUUUAGAAAAUGGAGAUGUUUCUAAGAUGUUUGAUUCAAGUUUUAGCGAAAUAUUUCUAAGCUUGAUAAAGACAGAAAACUUGAGCACCCUGAUUCAAUCCUGGGAUGAGACAGACAAGACCUGUUUGUGUGGACUUGGUGUGCAGGCUGACUGCAUUACAAGGGAGACAAUCCAGCCUUUACUUUGUCAGAGAGCAUGUCAGAUUCCUAGAGAUAUACAGGUAUAUAACAGAUGGCCACUUGCAGUUGUGCGUAGAUUUGCAGAGUUUUGUAUAGAGGAGAAAGUGAAGCAGAUUCAGCAGAAAACAAUGACCUCUAGUGACCUCGGUUACUUAAUGAACGUCAGUACCGAGUACGUGAUAGAACAGCUAAGGCCACAGUACACAGCAGAUAUACUCAGACAGAGGCAGGAAGAAAUCAUAGCAAGCUGUAAGAAGCUGGGGGUAGUAAAAACAACAGACCUAAGAAAGCAGGCAUUGGCUUUGUUGAAGGAAAACAAGGACAGCUCCAUUCUAAAACCAGUGUUGGUAAAGAUCCUGUCAAGUUGUGGGGCCAAGGUGUCCGAGAUGAAGCAGUUUGUGUCGGACAGUGAAAUGGUGACAACCUAUGAUCCAAGUGUCAAAUUGAGUUUACGAGAAGUUGCAGAAAUGAAAAAAGCUCUUCUCACAGAAAAACAAAACCUAACAAGUCUAAAUAAGGAGGAAAUCAAACAAUUUCUACCCCUGAUUGUCAAUGAUAGAAGAAAAAUGAACAAACUUGAUACAUCCACAUUGAAGAGUGCAUUACCAGAGAUCAACAAAAUGAAGCUGACACCUUCUGAGAGGAUUCAAACUUGGAGAAAAUUGAAGCAGGAAUCCGAAUUUCAAGAUCUUACCAAUAUCAGCACAGACGCUCUGGUUAAUCUUGGAGCAACAGUUGGAGCUUUACAACCAAAGGAAAUCAAGAACAUUCCAGCAGCUGCAAUAGGAGCCGCAAUAAGCACGGGGAAUUUGACUGGUGCACAGUUCUCAAGAAAGGCUGCAGGUGAUGUUUUUAGAAAGUUUAGAGAGCACCUUGGAAAAGCUACAGGUAACUUGACUGCAGCUGAGCUGGAGAAACUUGGCUCUAAUCUGCACUGUCUCCGAGCAGCUCAGUUUGAGGGAAUCAGUGGAGCUGAGCUGAUGCAGCUCCUACAGAACAAAACCCUGGAAAAUUCCCAGUCAGCCCACUGUCUUCUGGACAAACAGGCCAUAAGAAUAAUUGCUGCUAAAGUGAAGAAGGAGUUAGGAGGGACGGAGGUUUUGAUGACGUCCCCCCUGUUUCGGGGAGAGGUAGGAGAGAUUGGGGACUCAAUGCUGGAGGACAUGAUCAAUAAACUGGUGAAUGGAGAGACAAUCAAGGACUUCAGAUUCACCAAGAAACAGGCAUACAAGGUUUUAAGUAAUCUAAAGACGGAAUUAGGAAACCUAAGUACCUGGACAGUUGAUGUAGUGAACAACCUAGCUGUGACAAAUCUGCUGAGCUUCGUGAGAGCGGCAGACAUGACUGAUCUCAGGAACAAUCCAAACAGUCUACAGUUCAUCCAUCUCUUUAACCAAGACAGUGUAGUUUCUGAAAAAUCUAAUAGAAUGCUGGGGAAAGUUUUGAUUGAGAGAUUUAACCUUGACAACUCCUCUGCUGAUGUUUCGACCAGCGGUCUGACGGAAGAUGUCGUGAGACAAGUCGGGACUGAAGUCAUAGCAAGGCUAUCCAAUGACCAGCUGAGGAGGUUGAACAUGACGGAUACUGUCACCGAACUUCUGACCGGCAUCAACCUGAACACCGUCCCCUGUCGUGUACUCCAAAACAGGACAGCAUUCGUAGUGGAGGAAAAGGGUUUGACAAGUCUGAGUCUGGAGGAAGUGGAAUCACUGGGAAAUCUGAAGUGUGGCUUUACUAAAUCUCUUGUACAGCGUAUGACAAAAGAGGCGCUGGCAGGAACCGGGGCAGAAUUCGCCAAAUGUCCCUGUGUCUCCCGUGCUGUAAAGAAAGAGAUUGUCAACCAAAUGAAGCAAAAUCAGGUCAUUGGGUCAUCUCCCUCCACCUACACAGAGGAGGAUAUAGCCACCCUGGGACUUCUGAUUACAGUGGAGGAUCCAAGUUCUAUUGCUGCCAUAAAUACAUCAGCCUUGUUGGCAGGAUACAGUGAAUUGUUAAGGGAAAAGAAAGCAUUGAAGAAGCUGAGGAAAGACAGAACAGAACGGGGGUUUAUUAACGAUCUCUCAGAAGCAGAGCAACAGGAAGAGUUAAAGGGUAACAGAGCGCUGGGCAAACUGAUCAUCCAAACCAUUAUAGCCUCUAAAUCUCUGUCAUCUGCCAGGAAAAAGAGACAGACAUCAAGUAGCAUGGAGUGUUCAGACAUGCAGGAUAUGGAUGCUGAGACCCUGUCUACCCUGUCUGUGGAGGUGAUAACUGGGCUGUCAGAUGUUGAGUUUCAGGACUGUGCUUCAGUGCUUGGCUCAGUGCCAGGUUACAGCAUGGCACAACUAGAGGCUCUAGCAGCAGUUGCUAAGAGGCCAGGUGUGUGGGGCUCUCCCACCAGUUGGACAUCAGAGAACAUUCAGGAUGCAGCAGUCAUUGUACAGGGGCUGACAGUGACAGAAAUCAGUCAGAUGUCUAUAGAUCUUAAUGCAGCCAGCAAAUUAGGAGAGUUCACCACCUGGAGUCAAGACAAGAAAAGUGCCAUUUUCAACAAUGUUCUGUCUCAGCUUCAGUACCAGACAGUUGGUGAGUUGACGGCGUCUGAUCUCAGAUCACUGGGUCACAUUCUGUGUGGAGCCACAGCAGACCAGUUAGCCACACUCACUGCUGCUGCUUACGGUUCAGCUGCUGAUGAUGUUGGAAAGAUAACCUCUUGUAGCAGUGACCAGAUCUCUGAACUGACAAAAAUAGCCAAGGCUUACUUUGGGUCUGAUGCCAGCCAAUGGAAUGCCUCAGUAAUCACAUCUUUAGGUGUAGUUAUUGGGGGAUUGCAAACUGCAGAAAUUUCAUCUUUUGGAGAAACACAAUUGAAUGCCAUUGAAGCAAAACAUAUUCAGUAUUUACCCAAGACAUUUAUUUCGUCCCUGAGUCAUGAUCAGCUGAGAUACCUGAGUAUGGAGCAGGCCCUGGCCGUUACUGUAAAUCAGCUGUGUGAGUUAGAUCAGGAUAAACACACCGUACUGGAGACAGUGGCAGGACAAACUCUAGACACCAGUUCCUGUGUAAAGCAAAGUAAAACCCUUCUCUGUUUGGUGCAGCACAGUAUUACAGCCUCCCUUAGUUUAAUCCUUAUCAUUAUGAACAUACUCUUAUGACCAAUCAUAUAAGUAUCUUAAAGCAAUGUAAAGGAUGAAUGAUUGUAAUAAACUGUUUUUUUUGUGUGUGAAAUAACACUUUAAGACAGACUUACUACUGAAGAAUGUCAUCAACAUGUAUUAAA